AGAAGCAAAUGCCCUAAAAACAGUAUGAGGGAGAUGGAGCUCAUGGGCGCCAAGGCCACCGAGGAAGAAUCCAGAGUGGAGAUGAUCGAUAGUGGCGGCGGCCAAGAUCACAAGGCCAGCGAUCCCGCGAAUGGCGUCGCCGAGGGGAAAUCCGUGGAAGAAGAGGAUGAUAGAGGCAGCAGCAGGGCAGACGAAGCGCCUCUCCUCCAAUCCGCGGCGAAUGGAUCGGCGGAGGCGGCUGCGGCGCCGCCAGAAUCGGCAGGGGCAGCGGCGGCGAGCAAGAUCGAGAGCUUGGAGGAGAUGGAGUCGAAAUAUGCGGCCUAUGUGAGGGACGACUGCUAUGGCGCCCUCGGCCGCGGCGCAUUGCCCUGGGGCGAGAGGGCGAAGCUGGCUGCCGCGCUCCUUACCAUCGUUCCUCUCCGAUUCGUGCUGCUCUUCCUGGUCUUGCUCAUCUACUACGCAAUCUGCCGGAUUUUCACGCUGUUUAGAUCGCCAUCGGACGAGGAGGGUCAGGAGAACUACGAGUAUCUGCGGGGCUUCCGGCGCUGGAUCAUCGCGUCCUCGGGGAGGUUCUUCGCGCGGGUGAUGCUCUUCGUGCUGGGAUUCUACUGGAUCAAGGUGAAAGAAUCGCCGUCCUCGGCAGCGUCCUUGCAGCAAGGGGCAGCGCAAGUUGGUCCGGAUGGAUACGAGCACAUAGCUGCGGAAGAUACACCAGGAGCGAUCGUUUCAAAUCAUGUAUCCUAUUUGGACAUCCUCUACCACAUGUCUGCUUCGUUCCCGAGCUUCGUUGCUAAGAAAUCAGUGGCCAAGUUACCUCUGGUCGGCUUGAUAAGCAAGUGUUUGGGAUGCGUUUACGUCCAGAGAGAAUCAAAGACAUCGGAUACCAAAGGAGUCUCUGGAAUCGUCAGCGAGAGGCUUCGAGCUGCUCACAGCGAUCCAGGAGCUCAGAUCAUGCUUCUCUUUCCAGAAGGGACAACCACUAAUGGACAGCAUCUCCUUCCGUUCAAGACGGGUGCGUUUCUAAGCCAGACGCCAGUCUUGCCCGUUGUGCUCAGAUACCCGUACACUCGUUUCAGUCCGGCCUGGGAAUCCAUAUCCGGGGUACGCCACAUUCUCUUGUUACUAUGCCAGCCAAUCAACUUCCUCGAGGUUACGAGAUUGCCAGUUUACAGUCCAUCAGACAAAGAGAAGGCAGAUCCAAAGCUCUACGCAAGCAAUGUACGAACUUUGAUGGCAACUGCAGAGAAGCUUACAAUCUCAGACAUUGGACUGCAAGAAAAGCGGAUCUAUCUCAACGCGAUCCGGAGCAAAACGACUGCUUGAAGAGAGAAAGAGAGAGGGGAGAGCAUUUACAAUGGAGCAAAUUUUGAGCGGCCCGUGCACAUUGUCACAUGCUACCACGCAGACAAAACUUUGGUCGCCUCCACCGGCUAGGUACUCACUGGAACAUUUUAGAGUAGGCCUUGCGUUCCUGAUCCCGUCUCGCUAGUAUCUGUAAUACCACUAGGUAAUCGAUCCAGCAACAACGUUUCGUUACCUUGUUCUUA